AUGGUUAAAUCACACUUCAGUACCAGGCGACCCGCUGUAGAUGCAAACAUGCGCUUUAUAUUGCAAGAGAAUCGUUCGAAUGCUACCAUUUCUAAUGAAACUGAAACUGAGAAAUUAUCGAGAAUUGCACUUCCAGCAUGUGAAUAUGGCCUUGGUUGUUAUCGAAUAAAUCGUGCGCAUUUUGAACAUUACUCUCAUCCAGUUGGUCUUGAAAAAGACAAGUGUGAGACGGAUUCGCAUAGGACACAACUUGUUAAUAAUUCUGAACGUGAAGGAGACGAACUUCAAUUCAUCGAUCAAGUUGAAAACUGUAUUCGCUCAUUGGACCGUGAUUUGGAAUUGAAAAAUCUGGAAAUCGGCCAAUUACAUCAAAGUCAAUUGGAAAUGGCACGGCGUGAAAUCGACCAGGAACAUAUAUUAAUUAUUUCAAAACAUGUGCCAUCUUAUUGGGAACCAGACGCGCCCAAAGAAUCUUAUCGUGAAGUUCACUUAUUAAGUGAAUCGUCUGAAUUUCAGCGAAGCAAUAGUCUAUUAAAUUCCACAAUCCGUAAGCACGAUCAUCAUUAUGGAACUGUAUUUGGCAAAGAUCAAACGAAUAGAAAAUAA